AACCAAAAAUUCAAUUUUAUGUAACUACAACUGAAAUUGAAACAAAAACCAAAAAUGUCUAAGAUACCAAUUUUAAUAAAUAAUUUCUGUAAAAGAAACAUUUCUGUAACAGCGACUAGAGAAGGUAAAAGGAAUUUUAGAAAAUUUGUGAUACCAAACAAGAGAGGUUCUGUACUUCACAAAAAAAAACAAAUGACCGAGGAUAGGGAAUUUGAAAUCGACAAACGAGGAGUUAGAGAUAUUGGCUAUAACUUAAACGGACGUUUUGUCAUAGUACCUGAAAUGAUUCCAGAAAUUAUCGUACCAAACUUAAAAGAUUUUGAUUUGAAACCAUAUGUUUCAUACAAAGCCGCUGAUGUCAUUCAAAGUGAAUUUACACCUUCUCAACUAUUCGAUGCUGUGUACAGUAAGAAAAUUGUUACCGAUUUUAAACAAGGAAAAUUAGAUGAGGAAGGUAAUCCAAUAGAACCGUCUGAAGAGGAGUCAUUGAAGCCCGAGGAAGCCAUUAUUCGUGCAAAACAAACUGGCUCAGAUAUAUUUUAAUUUAAUAAUAACAAAUUAGUCUUGGUAGUGUAGUAUAGAUUUAAGAAUUAAGAAAAUUAAAAACAUUUCCUCUGUGAUUCAGUGACAGUAAAAUUAUGUCAGUUAAUCAAAAACAGACCUUAAAUAAAUAGAUAUAUACAGGCAGUGGA